CCCAACUACAUGCCAGGACGCUGAGGAGCUUUCCUCCCGGGCUGGUUGUACUUUAUUGGCGUCGUAUUCACUUCUGUGUUUGUUGUUUUACUGGAUAUUUUAUGUCUUUACUUUUUGUCGUUCCUUUACCCAACUACGACUAAGCUGCGGUUCCCGCCCGUCCCACUUUUGCUUGCUCCGCGCUCGAGUGCCAUCGUCAUUGCUGGUAACGACCGUGGCUUCCACCUAGCCUGGAAUCCCAUUCCGAUCGAUCAUUUCGACCUGCGCUUGACGUGACUAGCCCUCACCGUGAGCAAUCGUGUGCUUGGGGCAUUUUAGACUCAUUCCGCCUUUGUUCCCCUGCAGAGACAGCCCAGCUACUGCCUGACUGUGGAGCCUGUCCUGUCCUGCACUGCUCUUGGUGGGAUAGUUCAACUGUCUCCUGCCCGAGCAUAUGGCAGAUAACAAGCGCCACAGCGUGGGAGCAAGAACAUCUGCACAGGGAUCGUCUGGCGCAACUGCAGGCCAGGGAAUGGCUGGUGCCAUGGUGCCUUUGGAGGUGGCAUUGAGCCGUGCAAUUGGCGCACGUGUUCGUAUCAGUACAUCUCCGGUCGCCUCCACCAUUGAGGGGACUCUGUUCACAGCCUGUCCGAUCACAAACCUCGUUGCCAUCAAUACUGCCGAAGAAGGCAAGUCACAGACCGGCGAUUACCACGUCAUCCCGGUGUCGCGCAUACAAUCCUUCCAAGUUCUCUCUUUGUCUCCGUCCAACACCGAUGGGGCUUCUUUCUCUGACGCCGUACCGCCUUUGCACGCACUUGAUAUUCGCGCUCUGAAGGCGCGGGAGGCCGCUGCUGUCGGCAAGCUGCAGGAAGGUGAAGCACGUCGAGGCAAGGGAGUCACCAAGGAGGCACAGGAUCUCUUUGACGCAUUCAGUCGCACAAUGCCGGCCCGUUGGGAUGGAAGCAAGAUCAUCGUAGCCGAUGCCGUCUCCAUUGCGGCUCCUUACCGCCCCGACGACUGCCGGCCGCUUGUGGCGGGUGACACGGCUGCUCUUGCCCGAGUACGCAUGGUGCUCGAGAUGGAGCGUAAGAAGAUUGAACUGCGCAACGCGAGUGCAACUAUUGGAGCCGGUGCUGCUGGACAACGUAAAGGGGGCUGAAUACGACUUCCUAUAUUUUAUUACCCAUCUGAAAGGCUCCAUUUUGCCUCUUAGGUGCAGUGCCGGGGAUGACUUGCGUGGGAUCCAUUUAUCCAUGAACGCAAUUUAGCGAAUGAUAAACCGGAGAAUACGAGUUCUCCCUGAUUGUCAAUUAUACACGGAAAGGAUUGCGCGAGGGGCCAUGGUCGACGGUCCUUUAAGCAGGCGCAGACAUGGACAAGGGCGGCAUGGCUCAUACAGAAGCGGACUUGUACUUGACCAAUGCUUGGUGCAGCGGACAAGCUUUCUGUCCUGGAAACCAGCGCAUCAUAUAGGUCGGGAAUGGAGCCUUGCCUUCUGGCAUGUUCUUUAGAUUUAUUUCCAUUAGAUACAGGGGCGGCAUGAAUAUGAG